AUGGAGGAAAGGCUGAAGCAAGUUAUUCUCAAGCUUUUAGGUCAUGUUAAGAGGUUGAAUGAAAAGAAUAAAGGGCUGUGUGGACAAAGAAAGAAGGAAGAACAGAUUAAUGGCAUUAUACAUGGGUUGGAUGAGGCGAAGAAGAAACUAAAGAUGGCAAUGGGAGCUUUAAUAUUGUUAGUAGGGAAUGCACCCACGGAAAAAGAUUUGUUCCCUUUCUUGAAAGGUUCAAAUGAAAUUCUAAAAAAUAAUCCUCAGCUAGAAGCUCAAGCCUUGAAGGUUUUUAAGCUAACUUUUGAAUCAACAAUUCAAUUGCGAGAGAAAGGAGGGGUUGUGAUAGCAAAUCCUGCAGUGAACCAAUUAAGCUCUGUACACGUCCAGAAAGGAGUUGUUGAUACACAUUUUGAGGUGGUGAAAGAGGCACUGUUAAAAACAGUGAAGGAAGUUGCCAGAGCAAAAUGGAGUGAGGAUUUGAACAAUGCAUGGGCUAAGGCAUAUGAUGGGGUGGCUGCUUUAAUAAAAAAGGAAAUGAAAGAAAUAUAG